AUGGAUGAGCGUCGAAGUCGCUGCCCCGCCCUCCCCUCCAUCAUCCCCGAUGAGGGCAGUUUUUACAGGCGGUUGAGAUUUCUCGUGUGGUCACAGACGGUUUGUGCCCACCUGCACGUUUUGUACUUCUCAUUAUGCGGGGUCGGGGCGAGGAGGGGGGCAUUUCAGGAGCUAGAAGGACUCAGGCCUCUCUUGGACUCCGACAAAGUCCUUUCCAGCAUUUUGUGCCCAUUGGGACUGUGUGGCCUCCACUUGGCGACAGCACCCCCGGAGGGGAGAGCGGCCCGCUUGGCCAAGCAGACACUUGGCAGGGCUCGGAUUUCCUGGACCGGAUGGCGGCCCGGAGCCCGGAGGCCGCGGCGCUGGCCGAGCACAGGAUACGCGGCGGGCGUGCGCAUCCCGGGAUCCGCCCGCGCUCGGCCCCUGGUGCAGCUGCCGCGGAUCCGCCACCUCCUCCGGGGCUUGGAAGCGGCAGGAAUUCCCCCUCCCCGGCCCCGCGUCCCCCUCCGGCCGGGGCCGCGGGGCGGAGUCGCCCACCUGUCAUCCGAGACGCCCCACGCGGAGGAGGGGCGAGGGUCCUUCAACGAGCGGCGGCGGAGGACCCGGGGCCGCUGCCCCUUUAAGGUUGCCAAGGCGACGGCUCUGGCCAGAGCGAGGCGCAUUGACGUCAGCAGCCGGGCGCUGAUUGGCUGCGGCGCGGCCGUUUCCGGUGGAGCCGCCGCGGAGCAGCUGAAGCCGAGUGCAUCCUAG